UUUAAGCUAAACAUGUCCUUCUCUAAAUCAAUCCCCCUGUCUUUCUUGCUCUUCUGUCUUUUGCACCAUGCAGCCUCUGGUGCUUCUCCACUUUACCAUAUCUGUUUCAGCAAGGCAAACUACACUGCUGCUAGUAGUCCAUACCAUGCUAACUUGAAGACCGUGCUCAAUCUUUUAUCCACCAAAGUUCCUCCCAGUGGGUUUGGGGUCGCUUCAAGAGGUACAGGACCGAACAAAGUGAACGGACUAGCACUAUGCCGAGGCGACGUCUCAAGCUCAAAGUGCAAGACUUGUGUCGUCGAAGCAAGCAAAGAGCUUCGUGCACGCUGCCCUAGUAAAAAAGGAGCAGUAAUAUGGUACGACCAUUGCAUGGUGAAGUACUCAAAUGGGAACUUCGUUGGGGAAAUUGAUAAUACAAACAAGUUCUAUAAGUGGAGCAUCAAGACCGUAAGCAAUCCCAGCAUAUUCAACAAGAAUGUCAAGAAAUUGUUGAGUGGCUUAUCUGAUAAAGCUUCUUCUAACCAGAAGUUUUAUAAAACUGGUGUGCUCCAACUCGAUAAUUCAAAGAAGUUGUAUGGUUUAGUUCAGUGCACGAGGGACCUGUCUCGCCUGGAAUGUAAGAAGUGUCUUGACGCUGCAAUAACCGAACUGCCGAAAUGUUGUGAUGCGAAACGAGGCGGGCGCGUUGUAGGUGCGAGCUGUAACUUUCGAUAUGAACUUUCGCCCUUUGUUUAGUUAAUGAUCGAUCGGCCAGCUGCUUGGAUCAUAUAUAUCAAUAUAUGUGUAAUAAAUCUGAUUAACUAUUAAUCAGUACUGUAUGAUAUUGUGCUUACAAUAAAUAAAUCAAGUCCUACUGUGACUUCUGCUUAGUUAAAUGAAGUAUUUGUAUUAACUUCCUUCGGCAUAAGCCACUAAAACUAAGGUAAUGUACUAGUAUCUAUUCAUUUUACGAUACAAGAGUACAAUAGUAUUUCUUUCUAGAGAAAAAUAAAAUAAAAGAGUACAAAUGAGAAUGUACAGACAUUAAGAGAUUGAGUAUCACAUUUAUGGUCCCAAAUAGCAAAGAAGUCGUCGCUGAUAAUACUCUGCUUCGCGGCCCAGUAAAAAUACAGUGUACAAGUUGUUAACAAGAAAUAGAGCGGCAAACAUUAUGAGAGCCGGUCCUCCUAUUUGCAUCAGGAAUCAAACAACAUAGCAUUUAAAAGUUGUUUAAGCACUCACUCGUUUGGUCAAGUAAAGUGCUUCAAGCAUAUUUUGAUUCGGAGUCCAUAGAAAUACUAAAUUGACGUAGAUUUUACAAGAAAGGAACGAUCAUGAUCGAGCUUCUCAAUUGCAUGUAAUGAAGGAAAUAAAGGAGUUAUUAUGUAUGUUACCUUGGGAAGGAAACGAGAGUUGCUAAUGAUACAGUAGGCCAACAAAAUGUAAAUGGUAAAAACCCAUGGAAUUCACCCUUAUCUCUCCGAUCAAAUCCCGUAACCAAAACCAGUUCCAAAUCGUCCUCAAAUAACAUGCGCUAAAACAAGUUCCCAACAACGCAAUCAGCACAAAAUCGUAAUCCAGAAAUCAAAAGAAGAAGGCUUGCUACCUCAGUGGAGUUUCCAAAAACGCAAAAGUGUUGACGGUGUGCUCCACCGAUCACUUUGUUGAGCUGCUACCGAGAAGCUCCAUGCCCCUCCCCAAGCUCGUCUGGUUUAUCAUCAAGCUCGUCUUACCAUUCGGAGA